UCUCCUACUGCAGCUUCAUGACUCUGCAAAAAGAGAGGAAAGGAGAGGAGAAGUUACGCUGAGAGAGAGAGCGAGGUGCUUGAAAACACUUGAGUUUAGAGCGAACAGUUACCAUGUCGCCAACGAAACCCGCAAAAAAAUUUCCGCCGAUAACGGCCUGUAACGGCACGACGCACCAAUCUAUAGCAGCGGAUCUUGAUGGCACACUCCUUGUGUCGAGUAGCUCGUUUCCAUACUUUAUGAUUGUUGCUGUUGAAGCUGGAAGCCUCUUUCGUGGUCUUGUUUUACUUCUUUCACUGCCUAUCGUCAUCGUGUCUUACCUCUUCAUAUCUGAAGCCUUGGGGAUACAAAUGUUAAUCUUCAUUUCUAUGUCUGGGCUCAAGAUCCGUGAUAUUGAACUUGUUUCACGCGCUGUAUUGCCUAGGUUUUAUGCUGCAGAUGUUAGAUCGGAGAGUUUUGAGGUGUUUGAUAGGUGCAAGAGAAAGGUGGUGGUGACAGCAAAUCCAACUAUAAUGGUUGAGCCUUUUGUGAAGGAUUUUCUCGGUGGAGAUAAGGUUUUGGGCACGGAGAUUGAAGUGAACCCGAAGACCAAGAGGGCUACAGGAUUUGUUAAGAAGCCUGGUGUUCUGGUGGGCAAGUGGAAAGAAUUGGCUGUUUUAAAGGAGUUUGGAGAGGAAGCACCGGAUCUUGGUAUUGGUGACCGCAAGACUGAUCAUGAUUUCAUGUCCCUUUGCAAGGAGGGCUACAUGGUGCAUCGCAGCAAAUCAGCGACUCCACUACCGCGGGAUCGCCUCAAAAAUCGUAUCAUCUUCCAUGAUGGCCGUCUUGUUCAACGUCCAGACCCACUCAAUGCCUUGAUCACUUACAUUUGGUUGCCGUUUGGAUUCAUCCUCUCCAUCAUUCGCGUCUACUUCAACCUCCCACUCCCAGAACGCAUCGUACGGUACACAUACGAAAUGCUUGGCAUUCACCUGGUCAUUCGUGGGACCCCACCUCCUGCCCCAUCACCUGGGACCCCAGGAAAUCUCUAUGUUUGCAAUCACCGUACAGCCCUGGAUCCAAUUGUCAUAGCCAUAGCACUUGGACGCAAAGUCUCGUGUGUUACGUACAGCGUAAGCCGUCUCUCGAGGUUUCUUUCACCAAUCCCAGCCAUCGCUUUGACUCGUGAUCGCGCGGCUGAUGCUGCAAGAAUAUCAUCCAUACUUCAAAAGGGUGAUCUAGUGGUGUGUCCGGAGGGAACCACUUGUCGUGAGGAGUUCUUGCUGCGAUUUAGUGCAUUGUUUGCAGAGUUGAGUGAUAGGAUUGUGCCCGUGGCAGUCAAUUGUAAACAAAACAUGUUUUAUGGCACGACCGUGCGUGGUGUCAAGUUCUGGGAUCCUUAUUUUUUCUUCAUGAACCCGAGGCCAACUUACGAAGUGACAUUCCUUGAUCGCUUGCCAGAGGAAAUGACGGUCAAGGCUGGUGGCAAAUCUUCGAUCGAGGUGGCAAACUAUGUGCAGAAAGUGUUGGGUGAAGUGUUAGGAUUCGAGAACACUGGGUUGACCAGGAAGGACAAGUACCUGUUGCUUGGUGGGAAUGAUGGUAAGGUCGAGUCAAUGCACAAUGCCAAAAAAUAAAAGGCUGGUUCGUGAUUUAACAAGGGAACUCUGGUUAAUGGAGGAGUUGAUUGGAGGGCUCUUAGUGAUCUGGUGUUUUCAAGUCAUUGUUUGAGGAAGAAUUUAGGUUGUUGUGUCAUGCGAUAUAAAGUUGUUUUGAACGUGUAUCUAUUUCGAAGUUUAAAAUUGAAGAAUUUAGGUUGUCAAGAAUUGCUUAUUGGUCAAAUACUGAUAUUAAUAUUAUUAUCGUUUUGAAUGUUA